UAGGCGGGUAAAAUCUGUUAUAGUUUUGUUUUGAUAUGGUUGUGACUUGUGAAGAAAAUGAUUAUGUCAAAUUAAAUGUUUGAGGUCAUAAUUAUGUUGUGAAUGUUAUGAUUUGUUUAUUAUUAUUUCAUGAUGAAAAACGAAUUUAGCCCUGAGGUUUUGCCAGAUUUACUUCCUAUUUAUUAUAAGAGACUUUUUCCCUUUGGGCCUUUCUGCAGGUGGCUUAGUUAUGGAAAUUUGAAAGAGAAUUAUUUUCAACACAGAGAAUUUUCUUUUACUUUGGCUGAUGACGUUUACCUACGCUUCCGCUCGUAUGCUAACCACGAUGAACUUGUCGCCGAGGUGCAGAAAAGAGAACCAUAUAAAAUUGACAUAGGUGCUGUGUACUCUUUCAGGCCUAAAGAUCACCGCAGCGUACAGGUGUUCCAGCCCUUGGAAAGGGAAUUGGUGUUCGACAUUGACAUGACUGAUUAUGACGAAGUGCGAACGUGUUGUAGCGGGGCGGAUAUUUGCAUCAAGUGCUGGCGGUUCAUGACGGUGGCUUGCCGAGUUUUGGACACCGCACUACGGGAGGAUUUUGGGUACGAGCACUCGCUGUGGGUGUUCUCUGGGCGCCGCGGUGUGCACUGCUGGGUGUGCGACGAAGCCGCGAGGAGGCUGGACACGGCCGCACGCUCGGCUGUGGCGGAGUACCUGCAGGUAGUCUCAGGCGGGGCGAACCAGUCCAAGAAGGUGACUCUGUCCGGGGACAAGCUGCACCAUUCCGUCAAGAGGGCAAAAGGUUUCAUUGAGCAACAGUUUGUGAGCAUGGUGGAAGAGCAGGAUGUGCUCGGCACCCCUGCUGCCUUGUCGAACCUUCUGGCUCUCGUGAAUGACAGUGAACUCAGGCAGGAGCUGGAGAAGGAAGCAAGAAAGCACUCGUCGUCGCUGAAGCGGUGGGAAGCCAUCGUGGGUUACAUCCACGCGCAGCAGGAAAGAGGCCAGCUGAAACGAAAACAACAUUUUUUGGUAGAAGAAAUAAUGUUGCAGUAUGCUUAUCCAAGACUUGAUAUCAAUGUGACCAAAGGUCUGAACCAUUUACUGAAAGCGCCGUUUUGUAUUCACCCUAAAACUGGGAAAGUCUGUGUGCCGUUCAAUCCUCGUUCAGCAGAAAAAUUCAACCCGAUCACAGUUCCUACAAUAAGCCAACUCGUUGAAGAAGUCAACGAAUACGACUCCAAAGCAAUAGAAGAAGCAGGCAAUGCUGAGGCUAAUGUGAAACGUGUAAAGGACUAUAAGAAGACCAGUAUGAAUAAGGGCAUAAUGGUAUUUGAAGAAUUCCUGAGAAAGUUGGAGAACUCUUGGAAAGGAAAAAGAAUUGUGGCCAGUGAUCAGAAAAUGGAGUUCUAAAGGAAUAGAGAAAAACAUCCAUACUGUAUAACAAAUUUUAAAUACUUUACUGCUAAGCAGUUUUUUGUUUAUAUAGAGAAUGCAUGUUUGUUUGUACUUUUACAUAAAUUUCCCAUUUUAUAUCAAUAAUAAUAAUAAUAAAUGCAAUACUUUUACAAGAA